GUAUCUGCAGUGCACAUGGCAAUGAGCGAUGCCCGGUACAAGCUGCUUGGUGGUGGACAGUACACAUCCGAGUGUGAUGAGGAUGCCCCAGUCCCUCCUGCCCUUCCAGUUCCAUUCUGUCGUUGUGAACUGGGCAAUCAGCUGGCAGAGUGGAUCGAUGGUCCGGAUAAGUUCGAUCCUAGAAUUCGGUUGUUCCCUUAUUAUCGGUCAGAGUCGUGGGCGUACAAUGAGUUUAGACGAUGGGUCCCUCCCCCACCAAAUCCACCACCUAUGACAGAGGAAGAGAAGCAAGAAGCUGCUAUAUAUCGUGUGAACAAUCCUCCCAAAUGUCAUUGCGGUGUUCGUGCCAAACUUCAAAGGCCUAAUAUUGGUGUCCCUCCAAAGUUCACUCCCUUUUUUAGGUGCUCGCUAAAAACAAGAGAUGGAUGGCCGGCAUGUGACUUCAAUGAGUAUAUUUAUGGUCCUAGAUCUCAUUGGCUGAUAGAAGAGGAAGUGCGAGAAUUUGAGAGUGGGAAGAAGCCAUGGCCAUGUACAACUACUCCUAGUCUUCGAUGCAAGUGUGGAGGGAAGGACAUGUGA